GAGACUGAACAACACAAGUCAGCAGUCCAGACUGUCUUAAGUUACAGGAGCUCUGAUGUCUGGUUUGAGAGGAGGGAAGUGGCUUUAGGUUUUCCCUUCCUGCCGUGGGCCUCAGGAGUGGCAGGGCUCGGCAGGCCAGUGGGGACAGGAGCUGUAGCAUGGGACAGAGUGCUAGCAGUGAGACUGUGCCACAGCAACUAGCCCUGAACAACACGGAUGAUGAGGUCGACCUGCAACACAACACAGCACGGAGUGAGGAAGGAGACUCUGGUAGAGGAUCCCCUCCUCCGAAAAGCAAAGGCAAAUUUUCCAAGAUGGGACGGAUCUUCAAGCCCUGGAAAUGGAGGAAGAAGAAGCAAAGUGAAAAGUUUGCUGAAGCAUCAAUAGCCUUAGAAAGAAAGAUUUCUGUUAGAAAGAGUCGCCAAGAGCUGAUUUCUAGAGGGGUUCUAAAGGAUAUCCCAGAAAACGAGAGCAAUGAUGUAAACCACUCCAAAGUUCCACCAGUGAGAAAUGGACACCCUGUGCCAAUGGACGUGGACAGAUUGUUGGAAGGAGGAACACGAGUGUCUCGAGGGGAAUCUGACAUCAAGGGGAAUCCCCUCAAGCUGCCCCUAGUAGAUGAACGUCGAAGCAGAGCACCAUCUGAUGCCUCCCGAAGUAACCGAGCACCAUUGGAUGUGGACUCUCACGCACGGCUUUCUGUGGACCCGGACAGGAGAAGCCGUCUGCCGUCAGAUGUCGAUAAAAGAGCUGGGUCCUUACCAAGAGGACCUCCACAAGAGGAUCGAUACCGCAGGGAAGAGAGGCGGGACACCAGAGAUGACAGGGAGGACAGUCGAAGGAAGAACAGGGAAGACGUGGAAAGAAGAGACUUGCGAGAGGACAGGGAAAGGGAUGGUGGAGUUGAUCGAAGGGAAGACAGAGACUUCAGAGAAAGGCGUGAAUGGAAAGAUGACAGAGAGAGGAGAGAUGGCAAAACAGAGAAAGAAAACAGAGAAAGGAGGGAUGGUGAUGACAGGGAUAGGAAGGAUAGGGGCGAGAGGGAGCGUAGAGACCGGGACGAACGGGAGGUUAGAGAACGAGCCGAGAGGGAGCGCAGAGAUCGAGAUGACAGGGAAAGGAGAGACAGGGGGGAUGACAGGGAAAGGAGAGACAGGGGGGAUGACAGGGAUCGAAGGCUUGAGAGGGAAAGGAGAGAAGAGCGAGAAAGGGAAGACAGGGAGAGAAAAGAUGUACGAGGAGACAGAGAUGAUGGGGAUAGGAGGGAUGAUCGAGACAGGCGAGAAGAAAAAGAGAGGAGAGAGGACAGGGACAAACGGGAGGAGUGGACCAAGAGAGAUGAAAGAGAGCGACGAGACGAGCGGGAAAAGAGGGACGAGAAGGACAGGAGAGAAAAGCCUGAGCCUCUACGGUCUGUGGCGGACUCUCAGCCUCUUGCCAGGCCAGUUUCUGAGAUUGACCUGCGGCCUCCUCUACAGAAAAGCUCAUCCGAAGACAGCAAGAAGGUGCGUCCAGCCUCAGAGUCUGACAAGAGGACUACCCUGCCCAGAUACAUACCAACCGCAGAGUUCAGAGAGCGCUCAGAGUCUGCCGGUGUCCGCUUCACCCCUGACCCUCAUCCAUCACAAGACUCCAAGCAGGAACCUCCCCCACCCAGACAGGCCCUGCUUCCCCCUAAGCUUCUCACCACUUCCUCCACUGAGUCCGGCAGGAGUCCGACCCCAUCCUCUUCUUCCUCAUCCUCCUCCACCUCCUCUGCUUCCUCCUCUGCCGCUGUAGCUGUGGCAAAGCCGCCAAGGACAGUCUCCCUUAUAGUUGACGAGCCACCUCGACCCCCCCACGCUGCUCCCUCCUCAGCUGACUCUGACACACCGCCCCCUGUUCCUCCUCACGCUAAGCAGCCUCCCGUCCCUCCACCCAAACCCUCCAACCGCAACAGCAACCCUGCACUGCUUGCAGAACUCUCCCAGGCUGGCAGUGGUGUCAUCAUAGUGCCAGCGCCAGAAAAGCGCUCUCCACCAACACCACCCAAGAGGAUGACCCCCGUAACCAAGCGCCAUUCUGUGGACCCUUCUCCUCCAAGCCAAGCAUCAGAGUCUCCCACCACUGAUCCAGCCUCUGUACCUUUCCAGACGCCCCCUACUGUCCAGAUAGGGGAGAACAGCGAAGACAAGACCAACAAUGCAGCUCUUCAGGCCUUCAUUGAGUCUCUGCCUUCCCCACCAUCCCACAUACCUCCGUCUCCUCCAAGAGUUCAGUCACUGCAGCCGCCCAACUCCUCCUCCUCUUCUUCUGGUCCUGUGCCCACUGUUCAAGAGGAUCCACCCAGCACCACCACCGAGCCUCCGAGCCAGCCUCCGAGCCAGCCUCCAUCCAUCCCCCUACACAUCCUCAUCCAGAGAGCGUUAGCCAGCCCUGGUCAAGCUCAGCCCAACCCCGAAGGAUCCAAGAGGGCUCACUCACUAUUGUUUGAAUCUCCUCCCGAGUUCCUCACUGGCGGGGGUUCCUCGCGCCUCUCUCUCCCCAUCACCAUCGAACCUCUCAGGCUGCCAGAAGACGAUGACUUCGACAUGGAGGAGGAGAUGAGGAAGCUACAUCCUCAGAGGCCGUCUCGUCAGGCAGAGCUGGAGCCCCGCUGCAGGAAGGGGUUAGUCGUAGACUCCAGGGUGAGUGUAAUCCACGAGGGUGGAGGUCCAGGGGACAGCGAGGAAGAGUCGGACUCCGACGGCCCCAUCCUGUACAGAGAUACAGACGAAGAUGAUGAUGAUGAGGACGCUCCAACGGGUGGGCUGGCGAGCCGAGUCAAGAGGAAGGACACGUUGGCCCUGAAGCUGGAGAGACAGGAGAGGGAGGAGAGAGACACCCAGGAGAACCACGACGGCACGAGCUGGCACAACAAGGAGCAGUGGUUGGCGCUGAGGAACAAGAUCGGCACCACGCUGAAUCGGCGGCUCAGUCAGAGACCGUCAGCGGAGGAGCUGGAGCAGAGGAACAUCCUUCUAGCCAAGAACGAAGCAGAUCGGCGAUUAGAGAGAUGUGAGAUCAAACGGAGGCUCACAAGAAAGCUUUCCCAGAGACCCACUGUGGCUGAACUUCAGGAGAGGAAGAUCCUGCGCUUCCACGAGUACGUAGAGAGCACCCACGCCCACGACUACGACCGGCGAGCGGACAAACCCUGGACCAAGCUGACUCCUGCUGACAAGGCCGCCAUCCGUAAGGAGCUCAAUGAAUUCAAGAGUUCAGAGAUGGAGGUUCACGAGGCAAGCAGGAUCUAUACCCGGUUCCACCGGCCUUAGCCACCCAUGCUGACCAGUAAAGCACUUAGACCGGGGUGCAAUUCCCACUCUUCCCAAGUAUGAACUGAACAUGUGACUUAUUUGGUCCCUUUUAAACUGACGCCUACUAACCGUGCAUCAGCUGACGACGCCACUGUUGCUCAUAACUGGAACCAAAGUGAAAUAAAAAAAGAAGACACCACUAAUGAGUUCACAGACAAACUGCAGGUCGGGAGGGGUUGGUUGUUGGUGCGACUAUGAUGGAGGUACAUGCUGCCAACAGUAAAAGAUUAAGAAAUCCUCCUGCUCCUCCUCGUCCUCUGCUGGGAUGGGAGAAAUAGUUUGCUUGAGCUGGAAUGAUGGAGAGUUAUCACACUGUGUCCCGCAAGGGAAAACACUCACUGCGCCUUUACCUGCCUUCACCUUAGAUUUUCUAUGAGACUGUGCACGUACAGUACAGAGAAGAGUGUUAGUUCUAACACUGUCAGUGGUACCAUCAAACUAGAGUUUAUACACUUUUCUUUUAAUAUAUAUAUAUAUAAAAGGUACCACAGAGGUCCAUCUUAAGGUGCCAUGCAGCACCUGCCUUACUCCUCACAGGAUCUCACCCUUCAUUUAAAGUUCAGACAGAAUGUGAAAGACACGCGUGCAGCAGUGUGUGUUUCUUAUUUAAUAACCACUUAUAGUUCUGUUAGCAUCAUAAUUUGACCUCUGUUUGGAAACCGCAGAUCGCUGAUUCUAACUUAAUAUGAAAAUUGUGCAUUUUACUGUAUUUUUGUAGAUCUAUUAAUCGAUUCUCACAGAGCACAUAUCACUAGAUCAUCUUCUAAUAAGGCACCUUCUGUUCCUUCAUCGGCUGUGUAGAAAACUACGAGUUUUGAGCCUUUAAUUCUAUGUUUAUAAUUGAAUUAUCCAAGCAGGAAAAUGUACAUAUUUUUAUUUUCCUGCCUCUUUUAUGGUACUUUAUAAAGGCUGCAGUUGUAUAGAUCAUUCAUGUAGAUUUGAUUGACUUUAUAUUGUACAUCCACAGUAAUGCUGACAUAUUUUAAUUGUAAAGUAUUUCUCGAAUGUUCUUUCCGACUAGUAAUGGUACAAAAUAUUAUUAUUAUUUUUUUUUUAUACAGAGAUCUUUAAAAUGUUUUUUUUUUUUUUUUCUCAAGCCACACUGUACAAAUGAACAAUCAACUCAGAAAUUAAAACAACCUGUGAUUUUCAUUUCA